CUGUUUGGUGACCAGCCGGGCAGGCUGCAGGCAGCGCAAUGCCACGGGGGAGCUGCAGGCAGGGGCGGUGGGAUCCUGGUGCACCAUGAGCCUCGGGUCUGGCCCCGCUCCAGGCCGAUGAGCACUCCGCCCACCGCCCUCUGUUUGCCUCCGGGCCUCGGCUGAGAAGGCAGCAGCGCCCGGACAAGGAACUCGAGGACGGCGCAGGGCCAUCCCUCUCCCAACACGCGACGGAGCAGCAGCCCCAUCCACAACGCCGCUCCCGGCCUUCCAAGGAGUCCGGACCCGGGCCGCCACCGUCACCUCGGCCGCUGCCGUCGCCAUCGCCCUGUUCCCCCGCCCCCACCAUGGCCGAGGAGCUCUCUGCGGCCACGUCCUACACCGAAGAUGAUUUCUACUGCCCGGUCUGUCAGGAGGUGCUCAAGACGCCGGUGCGGACCGCGGCCUGUCAGCACGUGGAGGAAAUGGAGAUUCAGUGUGGUUUAAGUGUAUUGCCUAACAUCACACAGCUACUAAAUGGCGAAGCCAGGAUAAGAUGCAGUUCGUCCUUUGUACCAUGCUUCAUCUGUUUCUGUAGAAAAUGUUUCCUGACAGCAAUGAGAGAAAGUGGAGUACAUUGUCCCCUGUGUCGUGGAAAUGUGACUAGAAGAGAGAGAGCAUGUCCUGAACGGGCCUUAGACCUUGAAGAUAUCAUGAGGAAGUUUUCUGGUAGCUGCAGAUGCUGUGCAAAACAGAUUAAAUUCUAUCGCAUGAGACAUCAUUACAAAUCUUGUAAGAAGUAUCAGGAUGAAUAUGGCGUUUCUUCUAUCAUUCCAAACUUUCAGAUCUCUCAAGAUUCAGUAGGGAACAGUAAUAGAAGUGAAACAUCCACAUCUGAUAACACAGAAAGUUACCAAGAGAAUACAAGUUCUGGGCAUCCCACGUUUAAGUGUCCCCUGUGUCAAGAAUCAAAUUUUACCAGGCAGCGUUUACUGGAUCACUGUAACAGUAAUCACCUAUUUCAGAUAGUUCCUGUGACAUGUCCUAUUUGUGUGUCUCUUCCUUGGGGAGAUCCUAGCCAGAUUACUAGAAAUUUUGUUAGUCAUCUAAAUCAAAGACAUCGGUUUGAUUAUGGAGAAUUUGUGAAUCUUCAACUAGAUGAGGAAACCCAAUAUCAAACUGCUGUUGAAGAAUCUUUUCAAGUAAACAUCUGAAGGCUGUAUACAUCUCUGCAUCUUUGUACCUGCAAGUGCCAUCUUUAAGGGGAAAACUACAUGAAGUCACUGUUUCAAUAACUUGAUGUGUAUAUUAAUAAAAGUGAUUCAGUCUAUUAUUUUAGUUUUUUGAUUGAAAAAUAAAGGUAGGCCAUCUAAAAACUUCAUCCUCUUGAUAAGUUAAAAAAUGAAAGUUAUGACAUUAGCUUUGAAAGCAAAAAAAGAUUAUAUUUCACUAAUGUAAUGGUGAAAAGGGAAUCCCUGUUGUACCUUUUCUUUUUUUAUAUUACAUAUUCUUGAGUUUUUCAUUAUGUUGCUUUUGAAAUUUGGUACAUUUCCUCCCAUUUACUUUAUUGUACACAGAUAACACACAGUAGCAAAUUCUGAAAGAUGUGAUUGAUGUAAACCUAACAAAUCUGAGCCAGUUGUCAGAGUCACAAAAUAGAAACUUGAAGUACUAAAUGGAACAAUCCAAAGGAAAUUUUUAAAAUACAGAUUCUAGCUGAAGAAUUCAACUAUAAGAAAAUUGUAUUUAUAUAACGUUUAAUAUUUUUGAAGACUAGUGAGAUUUCUGUAAUAAUUUUAACUCGUUACAAAGUUAAAGCUCAUUGUAAAGAUACUUUCUGUCUGCUAGUAGAAGGAAAUACCAAGAGAAAAAAUUUAUUUCUUUGAUGGGCAGUUGGUGAUUUCUGUCUUGUUUUACUAAUUUGUAAACUUGGACUAUGCUAAGCUGAAUAACAGCUUAACCUCAGAAUUUUCAGUAGCCAGUAUUUCUGAUUAGCUGAGAUGAAACUUGUAUUAGGAACUUUCAGUUGGUGAUACUAUAUUCUACAGAUAUAUUUAAAUGAGAAGUUUAGUUCAUCUCAGUUUAGAAAUUCAUUCAAAGCUAAAGAUAUAUACACAUAUGUGUACAGUUUGUCAGGUUAUAUACAGAAUUUCUAUUAAGGAUUUUAAAAGUAGACAAGUAAUAGAUUGAAGUGUUCAUCUGUUUUGAUUAAAAUUUUGUAUAUCAAAAUGUUUAAAAAGUGAGAGUCACAUGCUAACUGAUCUAGUUGGCUGCUAUUACACCUUAAAAAUUGAGUUUACACAGACACACAAUUACCUAUUUAUAUGGUGCUCAUUUGUUAUUCUCAAAGACAAUGCGUGACUAUGAAGUAGUGAGACAGAUUCUACCAGCCACCCUGUUUUGCUACUUUUUAGUCAAACAUGGGUUUGUUCUUAGUAUUCAUUAAUAAGAAUCAUAAAGCAUUUUUUAGAAGGCUUAAAUCAGAAUAAAGGAUGAAGAGUGGGUUAGCUGACAUUCCUUACUAAUAUACAUUGUUUAUGCUUUCUUUAAAAUAACUAAAAGAACAUAAAAAUCUCAGAAGUAGUUUGCUGCUAAUAUAUACAUAUAUUGUCUAAAAAGGUAUAUUUUGGUUUUGUUAAAACCCUUGUUGACUUUUCUACAGUGGACAUUUUUUAAACUUGAUUUAAUAAAAAUAUUAAUUUUGGAAGUGGAGUUUUGUAAAAGCCUUUUUCAAUCAAACAGUAAUGACUUUAUGUAUAGUUGUAACAAUCUCAAAAAAAGCCAUACAUCUUAACAUAUGCUUUUGUUCUGUCAUUUUAAAGAGUGAUGUUUACUAUGUGCUUGAACAUUUUCUCUGCAGUUACAUAAGAAUAUCUGUAUAAUGAACUCUUUUUAAAGAGACUUUUGACCAUAGUUUUUUCUAAUUUAAAGCAAUAACUUUAGUAAUUUCUUUCAAAGUUUAAUAUGUCCAGUAUGUCAAAUUAAAACCAUUUUGGGACUUGAGAACUUUAAGGGAAAAUUGUAGUAGAGAUCAUCUUGAUGAAAUUGUAUUUUGAAGUUUUGUGGAAAUUGAGUUAAAUACUAAGUUUUGUGUGUCUCACAUAUAAGCUUUUUUAUAAGGAAAAUUAUUUGCUUUUAUCUGGGAACUCAUUAUAGAAAUGAUUGUUUAAAAUCUCUCCUUUUGUCAGUCCAUUGGUGAUAGGGAUAGGCUAUAGAGAUUUAAUUUAUGGAAAUUAAAUUUAUGGAAAAAAGUUAUUUUUAAUAUUGUAACUAAGUCAGGAUAAAGGUUGGAAACUCUGUUGAUACUCUGAUAACCUAAAUUUCACAAUACCACUUAGGAAAGCUGUUUCUCAGCAAAUUACAGUUUAUGUUGUUAAACACAGAGUCUUAUUUGAAAUGUAUUGCUUUAUUUUUCAAUUAAAAGUGGUUUUCUCCUA